AUGGCGGACCUGGAUGAAGCUGCGAUAAACAACCCGUCAAAUGACGCGGGUCAUAUAGAGGUAGACCUGUCGGAUGAGACGCAGGACUUCCGCAUGCUUAAUAGCCUCUCCUUUCUAGCAGACACGAACGACCUCUCCCUUCCGAAACGAGGAGAAAAAGACUUUGAACCGAACCCGACCCUCUUCCAAGCCGACAUCCUCUCUGCCUCGCGGCAGGCGAUGCACAAUGCGCUUUCGUAUCCUCGUCUGCACAAUCCGAAAAACAAAGUCAUUGGAGUCUACGCGCCGAACGGGCCUGCGCCGCCUCCGGAACCCAAACUAGAUACAAUCGCUGAAGACGCGCAAACCAAGAAACCCCUCCCCACCUCGAUUGGGGUAUCCUCAGAUACCUGUGUUUACGUCACAAAUCUCAAAGGAGGACAAUUCAAAACGAUCGGGCAGGCCGACCGUUGGAAUCGAGUGUGGUUACUUCCCGAAGAGGCGCUGUAUUUGCUUGAGCGCGGAAGCUUAGAUAUCAGAUGGCCUCGCGGCGCUGUAGGAGACGGAGAUGAGGAUGAUAUUGAAGACUCUGGAAUUCCGAUGAGCCUGCAGGCGGCAUAUGCAUCUUUCCUUGGGCAUUCUGGGCUCACCAUGGAAAAAUUCUCCGUUUACACGGGACUCAGACGCUUGGGUUACUCGGUCUUUCGAGCACCUGGAUGGAGUCAAAGUGAUACAGCCGGCUCAGCCGGCCCGUCCGAGGCUGGCCAUUUAGUCAAGCGACAGGGACCGGGCCUCGUCAGCAUCUUUACUCGAUUCCUCCGAUGGCUUCAAGACUCCCCGUCAACGACGGCAUUGGGGCCGGUCAUUGGCUUCGGAUUUCACCGCGGCUAUAGUCACCUCUUUCGGAAGCUGGCCCUGAUCCCAUAUUAUGAUCCCGUUACUGCCUCUUCAUCCCGCGCAGACCUACCGUACGCCAUUGCCCUUCACAUCUAUAAACCAUCUACACAUAUUCGCAAGUCCGCUCUGCCAGAUCCCGACUUUCGGAUAGCAGUCGUCAACGCACGAACCGAUACCGAUAUGCCCACCUUGUCCCAAAUCGGUUGUCUGCUUGAGAGUACUCCAUUGGACCCGCCUGUUGGCAACAAGCCACUCUACGUUCGAUUAAAGAAUGGAUAUCGAAAUGUCAUUCUCGCUGUCGUCGAUCAGGGUGUCGUGAGUUAUCUCAGAAUUGCAGAUGCAGCCUUUGGAAAGGAAAAGAUUUACGAAGCGCAAGCACCACGCGGUAACAAGCUUCGCGGGCCGCCGCGAAACAAGUUCAAGAAACGUUGA